AUUUCGGGGCCGAUUGCCGUCGCAAGCAAACAAGCCAAGCCCGUGGAGGUUAAACUAAUGGCGGUUCAGUAGCUCUAGCCAGCGCCCCUCUCUCUCUCUCUUCCCCUCUGCUUAAAUAGUUAAGUGUAGGCCUGUGCGUGCUUCCUCUGCUUCUGCUUCUCUCUCUUCUCUUCCUCGCCUGCGAUUCUUGCAGCAGAUAGAUUCUGCUGUGGACUUCUCCGAGCCUGCGGGAUUUCUUUCUCCAUUUCUUGAUGAGGUUCCCGGCUCGCAGGCAGUUCUUCUCCCAUCCGAGAGAAAUCGCAACCCAAAUCUUCUCCGUCGACAUAUGAAGCCACCUCCACGAACUCGGCAGCAAGCAACAACUUAGCGCCCACCGCCGGCGCCGCCAUCUCUAUUUUCUCCCCUUCCUUCAAAUUGACGCAGACGACGCGAAGCCAUGGCCGCUGCCCCGACCUUCACGGCGGCCUUCUUCUUCCUGCUCGUGCUGCUCCAGGUGCCGGCGCCCGCCAUUGCCAGCGCCGAGGAAGCGGCGGCGCUGCUCGCCUUCAGGCGCGUGUCCGUGACAGCCGACCCGCGCGGGGCUCUCGCGAGCUGGGCGCCGGCUAGCACCGGCGCGAACUCCACCGCGCCGUGCUCGUGGGCCGGCGUCUCGUGCGCGCCGUCGACCGACGGCCGCGUCGUCGCCGUCAACCUCAGCGGCAUGGACCUCGCCGGCGAGCUCCGGCUCGGCGCGCUGCUCGCGCUCCCGGCGCUCCAGCGUCUCGACCUCCGCGGCAAUGCCUUCUACGGCAACCUCUCGCACUCGGCGUCCUCGUCGUGCGCGCUCGUGGAGGUGGACAUUUCGUCGAACGCCUUCAACGCGACGGUUCCCCCGGCGUUCCUGGCGUCCUGCGGCUCCCUGCAGACCCUGAACCUCUCGAGGAACUCCCUCACCGGCGGCGGGUUCCCGUUCGCGCCGUCGCUGGCGUCGCUCGACCUGUCGCGCAACCGCCUCGCGGACGCCGGCCUGCUCAACUACUCCUUCGCCGGCUGCCAUGGCCUGCGGUACCUCAAUCUCUCAGCCAACCUCUUCACGGGGCGGCUGCCGGAGCAGCUGGCGUCCUGCAGCGCGGUCACGACGCUCGACGUGUCGUGGAACCUCAUGUCCGGCGCGCUCCCGGCCGUGCUCAUGGCCACGGCGCCGGCUAACCUGACGUACCUGAGCAUCGCCGGGAACAACUUCACCGGCGAUGUCUCCGGGUACGACUUCGGCAGGUGCGCGAACCUCACGGUGCUUGAUUGGUCCUACAACGGUCUAAGCAGCACCAGGUUGCCGCCAGGUCUCGCCAAUUGCAGCCGCCUUGAGGCGCUCGACAUGUCGGGGAACAAGCUCCUCUCCGGCUCCAUACCCACGUUCUUCACAGGCUUCACUUCUCUGAGGCGACUGGCAUUGGCCGGUAACGAGUUUGCCGGGCCGAUACCGGGGGAGCUGAGCCAGUUGUGUGGCAGAAUCGUCGAGCUGGACCUGUCGAACAACGGUCUGGUUGGUGCAUUGCCAGCGAGCUUUGCAAAGUGCAACUCCCUUGAGGUGCUCGAUCUUGGAGGGAACCAGCUCUCCGGGGACUUUGUGGCCACUGUCAUCAGCACAAUCUCCUCGCUCCGCAUGUUGCGGCUCUCCUUCAACAACAUCACUGGCGCAAACCCGCUGCCGGUGCUCGCGGCAGGGUGCCCAUUGCUUGAGGUGAUCGACCUCGGGUCCAAUGAGUUUAAUGGAGAAAUAAUGCCGGACCUGUGCUCAUCACUGCCUUCUCUGCGGAAGCUGUUCCUCCCAAACAAUUACCUCAAUGGCACCGUCCCCACAUUGCUUGGCAAUUGUGCUAAUCUGGAGUCCAUUGAUCUCAGCUUCAAUUUUCUGGUUGGCCAGAUUCCACCAGAAAUAAUUACUCUUCCGAAGCUCGUUGAUCUGGUUGUGUGGGCGAAUGGCCUAUCUGGCAAGAUCCCGGACAUUCUAUGUUCCAAUGGCACUACAUUAGAGACACUGGUGAUAAGCUACAACAACUUCACUGGAAUCAUUCCGCCGUCCAUUACAAGAUGCGUGAAUCUCAUCUGGGUGUCGCUCUCCGGUAACCGUCUCACCGGGAGUGUGCCUCCAGGCUUUGCAAAGCUCCAGAAGCUCGCCAUUCUGCAGCUCAACAAGAAUCUGCUCUCUGGACGUGUGCCAGCAGAGCUUGGCAGCUGCAACAACCUCAUAUGGCUUGACCUCAACAGCAAUAGCUUCACUGGCACGAUACCAUCGGAGUUAGCAGGCCAGGCUGAGCUCGUUCCCGGGGGUAUUGCGUCAGGAAAGCAGUUUGCCUUUCUUCGGAACGAGGCAGGCAACAUCUGCCCUGGUGCUGGUGUGCUCUUUGAGUUCUUUGGCAUCCGUCCGGAGCGUCUGGCUGAGUUCCCUGCAGUGCACCUGUGCCCAUCAACAAGGAUUUACACAGGCACGAUGGAUUAUACAUUCAGCAAGAAUGGGAGCAUGAUCUUCCUCGACCUCUCAUACAAUGGCCUCACUGGUGCAAUACCAGGGAGCCUCGGGAACCUGAUGUAUCUGCAGGUCCUUAACUUGGGCCACAAUGAGCUCAGUGGUACAAUACCAGAAGCAUUCUCAAGUCUGAAAUCAAUUGGUGCACUUGACCUCUCAAAUAAUCAGCUAAGUGGUGGCAUACCCUCAGGUCUCGGUGGUCUGAAUUUCCUUGCCGACUUUGAUGUCUCCAACAACAACCUGACUGGUUCAAUCCCUUCAUCUGGCCAGCUCACCACAUUCCCGGCAUCCCGGUAUGACAAUAACACUGCUCUUUGUGGCAUUCCUUUGCCACCCUGUGGGCAUGAUCCUGGCAGGGGAAACGGGGGACGAGCUUCACCUGAUGGGAGGAGGAAGGUCAUUGGGGCAAGCAUUCUUGUCGGAGUGGCACUCUCUGUGCUCAUCCUUCUCCUGCUGUUAGUCACACUUUGUAAACUGAGGAAGAACCAGAAGACUGAAGAGAUGAGAACCGAGUACAUUGAGAGUCUUCCAACAUCUGGCACGACAAGUUGGAAGCUGUCAGGUGUUCCGGAGCCAUUAAGCAUCAAUGUUGCAACAUUUGAGAAGCCGCUGAGGAAGCUCACCUUUGCACACCUCCUCGAGGCCACCAACGGAUUUAGUGCCGAGACCCUCGUAGGCUCAGGAGGGUUCGGUGAGGUGUACAAGGCCAAGCUCAAGGAUGGCAGUGUUGUGGCCAUCAAGAAGCUCAUCCAUUACACAGGCCAGGGUGACAGGGAAUUCACUGCAGAGAUGGAGACUAUUGGCAAGAUAAAGCACCGCAACCUUGUCCCACUGCUCGGAUAUUGCAAGAUUGGUGAUGAGCGGCUCCUUGUGUAUGAGUACAUGAAGCAUGGCAGCUUAGAUGUUGUCCUCCAUGACAAUGACAAGGCUAUUGUGAAGCUUGAUUGGGCAGCGAGGAAGAAGAUUGCAAUCGGUUCGGCGAGGGGCCUUGCUUUCCUCCAUCAUAGCUGCAUCCCCCACAUCAUACACCGGGACAUGAAGUCAAGCAAUGUGCUUCUUGAUAACAACCUUGAUGCCCGUGUGUCGGACUUCGGGAUGGCAAGGCUGAUGAACGCACUAGAUACACAUCUGAGUGUGAGCACACUUGCAGGCACACCGGGGUAUGUGCCACCUGAGUACUAUCAAAGCUUCAGAUGCACGACCAAAGGCGAUGUCUAUAGCUAUGGCGUUGUGCUCUUGGAGCUCCUCUCAGGGAAGAAGCCAAUUGAUCCGAAUGAGUUUGGAGACAACAACCUUGUCGGUUGGGUGAAGCAGAUGGUUAAGGAGAACAGAAGCAGUGAUAUAUUUGAUCCUACACUGACCGACACAAAAUCUGGAGAAGCUGAGCUCUAUCAGUAUCUGAAGAUUGCUUCUGAGUGCUUGGAUGAUCGGCCAAUCCGAAGACCAACCAUGAUUCAGGUCAUGGCAAUGUUCAAAGAGCUACAGCUUGAUUCUGAUAGUGACUUCCUCGAUGGAUUCUCAAUCAACUCAUCCACGAUAGACGAAUCAGCAGAGAAAUCAUCGUAAUGUUUUCUGAUUUUUGCAGUUUUUCGUUAUCUGGAAGGAUAGAACAGCAAACUAGCUCAAUUGUUUUAGCCUUAAGGUAGAAAAAGGUAGUCUCCUCCAGUUCGGUCGGAAAAGUUGUAAUUUUGAUUCAAGCAUAUGUACAUAAUACUUGAAAGUAUGAAGGGCAACACGAUGGCAGUGUUAAUCCUCUCCCCCCAAAAAAGCUGUUAUCUUAAGCUGGAGAGGUCGGUAUGUUCCUUUGAAUCGAA